CGUCUUCCACCGUCUUCAAAAACAAGUACUUCCAAAUUACGAGCUGCCACGUGCCGGUUCACACUGUGUCGGUUCCAGUAGCAGCCAGUCGUCACACCGCACACGUGUCCCCUUCCUCGAUCUCCCUUCUUCAAUCUUCUCGGCUCCGCACUUCCUCCCACUCGAAACAAACAAAAGAGCUCCACUUUUCUUUCUCUCUCCCAACAUCCACCACAAAACACCACUUUUUCCGGUUAAGCUCGCCGGAGAAUCCUACCAGCUCCACCACAUGUUUUCGGUAUCGUACAACAAGUUUCCGGAGCCCCAACCCAAGCGGCCCCAAAGCCUCGACAAGGUAAACUCGUUCAACUCGAUCCUCCAACUCAUCCACCAGCCGCGGACAUGCCUGCUCUUCGCUAUACUUGCCCUCCAGGUCCUACUCCUCUUCACUCUCCGCUCCCUCCCCUUCGCCCGCCAACAUUUAUCGCCUACCUACUCCCCUCAACCUGUCCGGUUACCAUUAACUGUACCCGAACCGGAAGAUGAAUGCGGGUCGGGUCGGGUCUUUGUCUACGACCUCCCCAAAACCCUCAACCAAGAGAUUUUACAGAACUGCGACGACCUCAAUCGAGCUCCCUCAAGCUUAGCGAACGACGCCGGCAGAAAGCGAGUAUCGAGAUUGCCGGAUAAUCUUGUGCCGGCGUGGUACUGGACGGACCAGUUCGCUUCGUAGGUGAUUUUUCACAAUCGGAUCCUCAAUCAUAAGUGUCGGUGGACCGAAUCUCUACGCUCUACAUCCUUUUACUGACACUGGGCAAGUACUGUGGUCACUCCAUACGCGCAGGACCGCGACCGCCACUGCGAGAUGAUGCUGCGGUGGGUCCAGGACCAGCCGUCAUAUAAAAAAUCAGAUGGCUGGGAUCACUUUAUCACGAUGGGCCGGAUUACGUUGGACUUUCGACGGUCCAAAAACGACGAUUGGGGCUCUAGCUGCAUUUACCUCCCGGGGAUGCGAAACAUCACGCGCCUCCUGAUUGAGCGAAACCCGUGGGACUAUUUCGACGUCGGUAUUCCUUACCCCACCGGAUUCCACCCGAGGUCGACCGACUUGCGAUUGCAACUCGUCCGAAACCGCAGCCGCUCGAAGCUCUUCUCCUUCGCCGGAGGGAGCGCGCGGAUAAGAAUACUUCAGGGCUGCGCUGAGUCACUCAAAGGAAUCGGCGCUCCGACUGACGCGCGACCAAGUGCUCAACGCCCCCGCGAUCUCGAGACCUUUCUCGACUCGGAUUUCUGUUUGCAGCCGCGGGGCGACAGCUUCACCCGCCGGUCCAUCUUCGACUGCAUGGUGGCCGGUUCGAUCCCGGUUUUUUUCUGGAGGCGGACCGCGUACAUACAGUACGAGUGGUUUUUACCAGGCGAACCGGAUAGUUACUCCGUUUUUAUAGACCGUAACGCGGUUAUAAACGGUACGGCCUCGAUAAAAAACGUUCUACAAGGAUUUAGCAGAGAGGAGGUGAAAAAAAUGAGAGAGAAAGUGAUCGAUUAUAUACCGAAGUUUCUGUAUGCGGAACCGCAGGAGGGGUUGGAGACGGUAAAAGACGCUUUUGACAUUGCCCUUGAAGGGGUCUUCAGGAGGUUCAAGCAGCAGGGAGAGUUGGGGUUCAGGUUGAAAUAGAAGAAACUGGCCGGGGUAGAGUGGCGAGUAAAUUAUUUAUUUAAUUUUUUUUUCACUUUUUGUUAAUUUUAUUUAUCUCUGUCAGAUAAAUUGGGGGGAUAAACAAAUUCCCAGAGUUGUGGGAUAAGGGCCAUGGGAAGUUGGGAACGGGGAAGCAGUCAAUUAAUUAUUUUAGUUAUUACAGUUUGGGUAUCAAAAUUUUUGCUACAUUGUACCAUAGUUAUUUUAGUGAUAUUUUUAAUUACUAGAUACAAAUACAACCAGUUGUCACGGGUA